CUUUAUGUUGACUCCUACUGAUGAGGAAAGUCACCACCAGCUCCUCUCUCACAACUCUCAUGUAGCUGAGAGCCAAGAUCAGAAAGGAGGCAAGCAUGGAGACUCAGGCUCAACUAAUGCAGAGCUAAAUCUACAGAAUCUACAUCACGAAAGCAUAAAUCACAGAAACAAUGUAGACAACCCUAACCUGUCAGAGAUGCACUGUGAUACUCACACAGGUAAGCAGCCUUUAAAAUGUGACACAUGUGGAAAAGACUUUAAGUAUAAAUCAUCACUAGAGUGUCAUCUGAGAAUCCACACAGGUGAGAAGCCGUUUGCAUGCAAAACAUGUGGGAAAGUUUUUAGAAUUCGUAGUAACUUGACACGCCACAUGAGAUGCCACACAGGUAAGAAGCCGUAUUCCUGCAACACAUGUGGGAAAAGAUUCCCUCAGAAAUCAGCAUUGACCUAUCAUAUAAGAAUCCACACAGGGGAGAAACCGUAUUCUUGCAAAAUAUGUGGAAAAUAUUUCCGAUAUAAAAGUCACUUGACAGUCCACAUGCGAAUCCACACAGGUGAGAAGCCGUUUACAUGCAACACCUGUGGGAGAGCCUUCAGACUUAGUGGUCACCUAGUAAGCCACAUGAGAACCCACACAGGUGAGAAGCCAUAUUCUUGCAAAACAUGUGGGAAAAGAUUCUGUCGUACAUCAGUAUUGAGAAUUCAUAGUAGACUCCACGCAGGUGAUAAUAAUCCAUAUUCUUGCACCACAUAUGGGAAAAGAUUUACUCAAAAAUCGGCAUUGAACGCUCAUUUAUCAAUCCACACAGGCGAGAAGCCGUAUACUUGCAAAACAUGUGGGAAACAAUUCCGAUAUAAUAGUCACUUGACAGUCCACACGAGAAUCCACACAGGUGAGAAGCCGUUAACCUGCAAAAUAUGUGGGAGAGCCUUCAGAGUUAGUGGUCACUUGAAAGACCACAUGAGAACCCACACAGGUGAGAAGCCAUAUUCUUGUAAGACAUGUGGAAAAAGAUUUGGUCGAACUACAGAAUUGAAAACUCAUGGUAGAGUCCACACAGGUGAAAUGCCAUAUUCUUGUAAAACAUGUGGAAAAUAUUUCCGUUACGAUAGUCACUUGACAGUCCACACGAGAAUCCACACAGGUGAGAAGCCGUUUACCUGCAAAACAUGUGGGAGAGCUUUCAGAAUCAGUGGUCACUUGAAAGACCACAUGAGAACUCACACAGGUGAGAAGCCAUUUUCUUGUAAGACAUGUGGAAAAAGUUUUUGUCGAACUACAGAAUUGAUAACUCAUGGUAGAGUCCACACAGGUGAAAUGCCAUAUUCUUGUAAAACAUGUGGGAGAGCUUUCAGAGUCAAUGGUCACUUGAAAGACCACAUGAGGAUCCACACAGGGGAGAAGCCGUUUUGUUGCAACACCUGUGGUAAAGAUUUCAGAUCUAGUAGUAACCUGAUAAGCCACAUGAGAACGCACACAGGGGGAAAGCUGCAGCACUGCAGCACAGAGGUUCCCGAGAUUAAAGAGUAACAGGAGGAACGCUGCACAAGUCGAGAACAUUUGUAAAUGGAUUGUACUUGUACUUCUUGACACUAAAAGUAAGGGAAACCUUUAGUGGUGGUGUUAUUUAUAGGGUCUUUAAAUUCCGUUAAGCUGAACCUGUUAAGUUCUGUUGUGUAAAUUUAAAUGAAAAAAAAAAGUUUUUCCCUUCAUUUGUAUUGCAGAGUAGCUCAGUUUCCAACAGUGAAACAGGGUGCGCGGAUGUGCACGCAGUUCCAUUCAUACUACAAUUGAGGGUAUAGCGUCUUUCCACACAUGCGCAUUACUGAUCCACACUCCAUGUUACGUUGUUUGGCAGGAGUUCAGAGCCAUUCGGCUGUCAUUGUAUUCCUUUAAAGACUAAUUAUAUUCAUGUUGGUAACGACUAUAACAGCGAAUCUCCUCACACAACCUUUCUUUAAAACAGUUAGAAGUGCAUAUGCCACCACUGGACUGGAGUGUGGAACAAAACGGGAGCAUGUGCGGUCAGCUUGCUUGCUAAGGGCGGUCACAAUUUUUGGGCUGCGCACAGACCCUCGAGGACAUGGCGAAUAAAGACAUAUGUGAAAAGUGGCAUAUGACCCUUCAUAUCUACAUAGGUAGCAGGAGUCCGACAUGUUGCUUCUACAGAAUCCCAGAACAGACAAAUUAAACUCUAGAGAGGGCCUUCCGCGUCUUUACAUUACCUGAAGGCUGGAGGUUCUCUACAGGCUUUUGAAAGGAGGGGUGAACAGAGGGGUUUUUAGUUAGUUGCAUCUGCAACCUCACCACAAGAUGCCACUUAAUCUUACACACUGGACCCUUUUAAGGGGAAAGUUGAGGGAAACUUAAUUAACAUUGCUAAACAGCCGAUCUUACCGUUUUUUGGCACCUCUUUCUGUUGGGAAGCGUGUUAGAUAUUUUAGGUAAAGCAUCAACGCUGUUAGAAACCCAUUCAAAUUGGUGAAAUCUUUAUUAUAUUUGUGAAAAUGCAGCUGUCAAAAUAUCUUCCAGAAACGAACCAUUCAACACCUUCAGAGCUCUGCUGGGUACACUCUGAAUACAAUCUCACAAUUAGGGUUAGUAACCGAAAAACGAUUCAAAAUUAAAAACAAAUGCAAAAUGUCUACAACAACUACAAAGCGCUCUCUCAACUGGAUGAUGCUGCGCAAAGCAAUACAUUUAUUUUUUGUUUUGUCUCGGCAUGAGAAGACUAAUACGUUUCUAGCACACAAAUCAAGACAAGGACGUGACCUAUGGACCUCAGGUUUUCUUCUCUGCUCGGAACAGCUGUUAUCAGCUCAACGACUGUCUCUCCUUUGCUCAACUACACACUACAGCAGCUCCGUCCACUACUCAUAACAUCAUCCUUCCCAUCCCAGUUUUAUGUUUUUCUCUAACAUGCAAUGAAUUUUCUUUUGCUUUUCAACUCGUAUGUUGUUUAUAUUGACUGCCUUUU